GGGCCGGAGCGCAGCGGAGAGGUUAGCGCGCCCGCCCCAGCCCGAGUCCCGCCGCCGCCGCCGCGCCAUGGAGCCCGACAACAGCCCGCGGAAGAUCCAGUUCACCGUCCCGCUGCUGGAGCCGCACCUGGACCCCGAGGCGGCCGAGCAGAUCCGGAGGCGCCGCCCCACCCCUGCCACCCUUGUGCUGACCAGUGACCAGUCAUCCCCAGAGAUAGAUGAAGAUCGGAUCCCCAACCCUCUUCUCAAGUCCACUCUGUCGAUGUCCCCAAGGCAACGGAAGAAGACGACACGCACCACACCCACAAUGAAAGAACUCCAGACAAUGGUUGAGCAUCACCUGGGGCAACAGAAGCAAGGAGAGGAGCCUGAGGGAGCUGCUGGAAGCACAGAGACUAGUGAGUCCUGCCCACCUGGGAUCCCAGACACAGGAGCCGCGUCAACGCUGGGCACCUCUGGGACAGCACAAAAGCCUGCAGAAGCCACCACCCCCAAGAUUAGGGAGUGCUGCACUGCAGAACCCAACUCAGAGGACCCUUCAUCCCAGAUGCCACCACUGGGUUCCCACGGAGCCGACUCGGUCUGAGAGGAGGAGGUAUCCUGGGAUUGCCACUGCGAUUUGCAACACGUGGACACUGGAUGUUUCUAAUUUCUUCACUUUUGAGGAAAAGAAACCCUGUUUUUAAAAAGUGAUAAAUUUAAAAAAAAAAGUGAUAAAUUUGAUGUUA